AUGACCGCAAGAAUAGUUUUCCGUAUCUUCGUUCUGGCUCUCCUGCUCUACAGCGCAGUAACUCAAAAAUGUCCUGCAGGUGGUAGAUCCGAGAGCUCCAUCGUAGGCUGGAUGUUACGAGGACACGUGUACGACACUCUUCUCACUGAACUUCCGUUUACGUGCGUAUUCAAGUGUCGCGAAGACAAUCGAUGCCAAAGUUUUAACUGGGUUAUCUCUCUUCUCACGUGCGAGUUUAACAACAGGACAAAGGAAGCCAGGCCUGAGGACUUCAUUCCAAACCCAGACAGAUCUUACUAUCGACGCGAUUUACAACGAGGUAAGCCAUCAUUAAUUGCCCAGGGUAGUUUUAUAAAGGCCGUUACGGGAAGGCUCCCACCGAAAGGGGUACCUCUGACAGGCUAUAUAUGUAUGAAAGAGCUAACAAAUUUCGCUGCUUGAAGUAUAUGAAAGGGUAGGAAAAUUAGUCAUCUAUGUAGGCCUAUAAAAUGACUUAAAAGAGCUAACAUAUGCAUUUUAUGGAUGAGAAAAAGCCGAGGGAAAUUUUUCUGGUUUUGUGUUUAUUCAUGUUUAAAAGACUGAGCAUUUACAGCAGUUAAGAGGGAUGCAAAAUUACCGUAAAAUCCCGCGUUAAAGCUCCCCUCGUCCCUCCGGAUUUAAACCCAUCCAUUUGCUAACGAAGAUAUUAUUCCGGAAAUAAGCCCAUCUUAUGUAUAAGCGCGUUUUGUAAAACAGUAGCCACUUGAAUUGGAACCAUGAAACUACGAAAUUGUGCAGGUGAAAUAGAAAAAUGAACUUAGUUAAUGCUACCCAGAGGACCGUUUCUUGAAGUUUUUCUACUUUUGUCCUGUUCCGUUCCAGUUGUUGAAUUGUUUUAUAAAUGUUUCUGAAAUACAUUCUCCAUUUAUUGUGAUAAAUUUAUAGCGGUAUGUUUGCUUUAAUUCGGUUCAGAUGUGUUUUAUCCCGUCGUUUCCAAACAUUUUUUUUUUCGCUUAUACCCCGCGCCCCUCCUCCUUUAUAAGCCCACCCAAAACCCUUCAUGAAGUUAUAUAAGCCCAGGGCUUUAACGUGGGAUUUUACGCUAGUUCUAACAUUCGUGAAUCGAAGGUAUACGAACCUCUCUUGUCAAAAACGUUGUAUAAAGGGGUAAGGGGUAGGACCUCUGGGCGGAACCUCUGGUCCUGUAUAAAACUUUGUUGAGUAGCGCCCCGUGCAUAAAGUAAAAACUAUGCAGGGGUAAAGGCACACUGAUAAUGAAGGAUUGUUUUAAAACCUUUCAGUUCCCCUUGGUUCGAUUCAAGAACUACCAGCUGAGACUUGUGACGAAAUAAAGUGGAGUGAAGGACACGCUGUUAGCGGGAAAUACUGGUUUUCCACUAUAAAAACUGGUACAUCUGUCUUGGCUUAUUGUAAUAUGGAGACCAACGGUGAGUUUAGUCAAUUACAUAAUCGGCGAUUGCUGUUAAGCUGAUUGUGCCCUCUGAUAAGUUAAUUUAUGAUUAUAAGACGACUGACGUGAAUGUUUCAUAUUUAGUCUGGCGACCGAUGAAAAAUUAACCGGGAGAUUUAAACUGAUAAGACACGGAGAAAAAAAGAUAAAUUUAAAAGGAAAACAAGACUCAUGUCAAGAAGGAAUGAGUACUCUCAGCGUCACAUGUUAGGGCCUGAGUUAAUGCCCUUUAAUGAUUUUUUCGCCAAUCAAUAUGUUUGUUGUUCUAGAUAUUGACGAAUGCAGUGCUUCUUCUCCUGUAUGUGACAUCAAUGCCAACUGCUCCAAUACUCGUGGAUCGUAUAUCUGUACCUGCAGGGCAGGAUAUACAGGCGAUGGAAAAACUUGCCAAGGUAGGAUAAUGCUCGAUUUAUUUUGAUAACAACGAAGAUGGCAGAUUCCCAGGGACUUGUAAUGAAUAGUAAAAAUCGGCAAUCCAUCGAAUCCAGUCUUUUUAUAUACGGGCAGUGCAUCACAUCAUGCCUCGGGUUAUACUUCUAGCCCAGUAGAAAAAGAAAAACAAAAUUAUGAAGCAACAGCACCGGGUAACCCUAGGUUUUUGGAACAGCCUAUACAGAUAAACUCUGCUUUAAUUAGAAGAAUUAUGAGAGAUGUAUAAAAAACUGAGAUGAGUUCUUGCGCGGACAACUCGAUGGCGAAAAAGAAGAAAACUCUAAAACGUUUUGGUUCCCUGUUGAGGAAAUUCAGACUGUUUUCAACGUGGAUCGAGCAAGGUUGAAUAUUUUCAUUAUUAUUUCAUUAUUAUUAUUAUUUGAUUUUAUUUUGUUAGCAAGGAGCCUUCGAUAGAUCCUUGUGGAACUCCAAUAUUUUUGUUUUUCUAGACAUUGACGAGUGCAGUGCUUCUCCUCCUGUAUGUGACAUCAAUGCCAACUGCUCCAAUACUCGUGGAUCGUAUAUCUGCACCUGCAAAGCAGGAUACAACGGCGAUGGAAAAACUUGCGGAGGUAGGAGAAACUAUAAAAGCUAAUCUAAAGGUCAGUUACUUUACUGUUACAACAUCAAUUACGGAAGUUUCCUAAGGACGUGCGACAUCAUAGCAUUCAAAAUGGCGGCUAAUGAGAUCAGCAAUCCGCUUUCUUAUCUAGCAUUGUAUGACGUCAUACCUCAUGUUAUGCUUCUGCUGGAGCCUAUAACACGGAGCGAGUAACUUCCAUGAACUCUUGUCACGGCGUUUUCACCAACGAUUUUGGCGCGAAUUUAGAAUAUCGUUUAGAUCCCCCAAACCAGUCAGCAAAAGGAAAGGCCUGAAACUGGCAUUUUUGACUUUUAAAUAACUCUGCAUCAUGAGCCGCCACUUAAGAUCAUGCGCUACCUCACUUCCGUCCAAAGUGCAAAUGGCGUAAAUUUAAAUCAUCUAGCUCAUAAUAAGGAUUAGAUUUGAAUAAGGAUCUAGGAUGUUACCUUCAUACUUAUUUAUCAGCAUACAUACACUUUUCUAUAAUUUCAUUUAUGUCUACAUUUUAUUGUACAUAUAACGCACUUAUUUUUCUAAGUAUAUAAUUACUUCUUUUAAGAAAUAAUUACUUAAAAGUGGUCCUUAAGCAAUUAUUGAAUGAGGCUAAUUAGGAUGAAAAACUUUGCAGAUCUAGGGGGAUGUUGAGAUAGACUGCUUGCAGUCCGCCUUUUCUCUUAAAAUCCGUCAAGUUCUUAUCUCAUCCAGCGCGAUUGCAUACCACGACGUUAUUAGUGAGCUUAAGAUCCGACGACGGCGAGAUUCUACGACGGCAGACUUGGUCGAGGGGGCUUGGGGUGAGGUCGCCGUCGCAAUGGCGCGAAAAAUAGUAUUAAGAAAGCUCGCGCGACGGCGGGUUGUUGUAACGCCUUUUCCCGUUGAAGUUUAGAAAUAAAUACAAGAGCGAUGGCUACUUUUCUAGAAAUGUUCGUGAAUUGUUACUGACAAGUUUCGAUGAUGGCGACAUUUCAGAAGAUGAAUUUUUACUGUUGUAUGAUGUCAACAGAUCUAAAAGUCUGGAUUUUCCCUACCAGAAUUACGAACAUUUUGAAGACUUCAUCUCGACCUUGGAAACCGGUUAAAUCGAUUCACCGUUAAAUCAGUUCAGAUCUUUCUAAAGCAAAUCAAAGCGGUCUCAGUCAUGUUUGUGUACAUGUGUACAUGUGCAAUAUGCCGCCUAAUUCAAGCAUAAGCUAAUCGUGAUGUUGUAUUUUGAGCAGUUUCGAGAAGCAAGCGUUUCGUGUCUCGACGACGAUGCAUUUUUUUUGUCUUACUGAAAGCUCUUGAUUAUAAUUACAUUGUAAGAGAAGCCGAGUCAAAAAAAACGCUAUUUCGAGAAAAGAUGAGUGACAUAAUCCACUGGACCUCAAUUUAAUGCCGAAACAAGUCUACGAUAUCAUAAUUGUUAAUAAACACAUCAAUAAACACAAGAAAAAACUUGUAAAACUUACUUGGUUGCUUUCUUUGUCGAGUUGACCGAGUCCAUGGCGAUUAACGAGUCAAACUGUUUAGAGAAGGCAAACAAAUUUAAUUUAAAUACCGUGUUCAAAUCGUUUAAGUCGCUUAGAAAUUCGACAAAAAUGGUCUACUGAGAAUAAACUGUUAACAGUGCUAAAGAAUUUCACUCAAAAUGUGUUUAAAUGGCAUUAUUUUGAUCAAGUUUACUCACGUUUUACACGCGACGGCAAAAUGGCCUUCUUCACGUCACAGACAAGGCCGCUACGGCGGGAAACUUCGCAACGACGGCAGCCGGAAGUCUUUCUAACAGUAAUUUCACUUCAGCUCGCCGUCACAGACGUCUGCCGUCGUCGGAUCUUAAGCAGGCUAUUAUUAAAGGGACGAGACAGGAAAAGACGGACUGCUGACUCUUUUGUAGUAAACAAACCCUCCGUCAGCCCAGAAACGGAGUAACCGAUUGGUCAAUUGCACAGCUGUUGACAGAUCAUUAACUGGUCUGUGGUGAGAUUGCAAUCAAUAAAAAUAGUCACACGUCACAACUAACUGCAAACAAUAGCGAAUCAAGCAGUAAUCUCAGUAAUAAAACUUAUAAGGAUAUCUUACAGAAGGAAAUUGCUGUAAAUUGUCUCAAGGGAAACGGAUUCAAGGCAGUCUUACCGGAUUUAAAGAAAGGGUAAUUUUUUCAGUUGUUUAUGUUCUAUUUAUAAAUCGUUUCAAGUUACUCGUGUUUAAUUGAUUAAUUAAAUUACCUUGACAGCUUCGCUGUUCCCCGCAAACAGAACAAAAGAGUCACUGAGUCUCUUAUUUUUUCUUCUCGGGCUUACGCCCUCGUUUCUCGCGGCUUGCUUCGCCGCUCGCGUGCUUAGGUUUCGUGUGCAGUAACUUUGCAAAGAAAAAUAAGAGACUGCUCGCAGUCUAAUGUUGAGGUGGAUAACAAGUGCAUCCUCCGAGAUCUGCAUAAUUCUUCACAUUAUACGAAAGCCUCAUUCAUUUAUUGUGUUUUUUUGUUUUGCUUUUUUCACUCAAAAUAUUUCUUAAUUCUUAUUUAACAAUUUUACCUCCUCGAAGACUUUCUUCAAAUUUUUGGCCUUUUUCUCGGCACAGUUUUUACUUGCAGAUAACAUCCAUCGAGCGAUUUUUUUUGCGUAUUCUUGCAAUUCUUCCAUUCAGUUUUAGUGUAUAAUUCAGCUAUUCCGGAUAGUCGUGAACGCCUUUUUUUUUCAGAGUUCACUGGUUAAUAAUCAGCUAGGCGGCCGCGCCAGGAAAUGAAGUUGAUCUAUACGAUAUUAAGAAGAUGCGAGCAAUAUACCAGACAUAACUAAUCGAUGACAUCAAUGACAUCAGUGAAAUCAAUGAGUAAUCAAUAGGUAAUCGAUAGGUAAUCAGUUGAUUAGUCAUUGAUUAUUGCCGAUGAUCAAUGAGUAAUCGAUGACUAAUCAAUAGGCCACAAAAUUUUUGGUCAUCGAUUAGUUAUCGAUUGCAUCGAUUAGUCAUUGAUUGCAAAGAGAAAGAAAAGAAUGAAAAAAUAGAACGUAUGAAACAGGGAUAUGCCGAAAAAUGACAACAGCGGUUCUAAAACAACUCUUAAAAGAUAAAGGAAUCGCGUUUAGCUCAAAGGCCAAAAAAUAAGAACUUGUACAAAUAUUCAGUACUCAAGCUGGUUAUGUGACUGCUUAUGACGGAUGUUUCCCUAAGCCGAAGCGGUUUUACUUUGCUGACAAACACCCACAAAAAAAAUCUAUAACCACGUAGCCGAUUCUUGUCAGCGUACUUGUUAGUUUCAUUUUCAGACUGGUUGGUUACUGUUCAGUUGUUUGUUAUUAAAUAAAGAGUUGGGUAAAGUGAAAUCGAUAUUGCACAAUUGAGAAUCAUCUGUAUUUGUGAUUAGCACUUUGCGUCUCGACAUCGUCAACAGGAUCUUCAGAUACAAGGAAAAAUGCGUCUAACACAGAUAAAAGAAUCACAAACGAAAAAAAAUGGUACAAGAAAGCAAGAAAGUGUCUUUCGUGCGCAGCAUGAUAGUCGAUGAGUAAUCCAUGGGUCAUCGAUGAGUAAUCAAUUACAUCAAUGAGUAAUCGAUGUCAUCGAUGAGUAAUCGAUAGGCCACAAAAUUUUUGGGCUUCGAUUACUCAUCGAUUACUCAUUGAUCAUCGCCAAUAAUCAAUGACUAAUCAACUGAUUACUCAUCGAUUACUCAUUGAUUACCAAUUGAUGUCAUUGAUCAUCGAUUAGUUAUGUCUGGAAUAUACCAUCGAUUUGAUGGUAUAUUGCUCCAUCCUCCAAAUAUGGUAACUGCCAGUUGAUUAGGGGCUUUGAGCCAAUCAGAAGCAGCGAAGCAUUUUGAAUGAAUAAUUGUAAUUAACGUAUUCUAUUUAUGCUAUUUCAUUUUAUAAGUUGUUCAUUUAUGUUUAUCGCACGUUUUAAUAUAUCUAUACAGAUACUUUAGUGUGAUAAGUGUUUAAAUUAUUUUAAGUGCUAUCAGUUUCGAAAAAACAUGUUACCUGAAUCACCUUUUCUUUUCUCUUCCCGUACAUCAGUUUUCGCAGAGGGACUGACUGACUCCGUUAUCUUAGGAGAUAAUGUGCAUCACUUAUCUAAUUUAAGCAGAUGGCUCAAACCGGUCGCCCAAAGCGAAUCUUCAAAAUGGAAGCGAUGUUGGCGUGCGUCCGUGGAUGGCUGGGCUGCCAGUACUUUUCACAGCCAGUGUUACAACAAAGGACCAACUGUAACAAUCAUAAGAGUCGGAGGGAAUUACAUAUUUGGAGGCUACACUAGUCUCUCAUGGGGUAAGUGA